GGCUGGGGGAGACGCGCAGCCGCGGGCCGCGCCCACCACGCCCACCCGCGAGGGUUGUGAGGGCCCCGCAGUCUCCGCGCGGGGCUAGGCCCCGGAGCGUGGCGGGGGCGGUUGGAGGCCGGCAUGGCCCGGAGCCCAGCUGCGCUACUGCUGUCGCCCCUGAUGUUCCUCCUGCUGAUAACGCCUGUCCAAGUGUCCCCCGACUACCAUUACUUUGGCGAUCAGGGAGAAGGCGACACCUGGGAGCAGUUACGGCUGCAGCUUCAGGGGAAAGACGCGGAGGACUCGAUCUUUGGCCCGUGGGGAAAGUGGCGCUGCCUUUGCGACCUGGGCAAGCAGGAGCGCAGCCGUGAGGUACUGGGCACAGCGCCGGGCCCAGUGUUCAUGGACCGCGAGAACCUGGUGCAGGUGCGGCCCUGCCGGCAACGGGACUGUUCAUCCUGCAAGCCGAUCGACUGCGACUGGAGGCCCUGAGUCCGGAGCUCUGCCCUCGACCUCCGGAACUACGAUUCCCAGGAAGCUGCACGGCAGUGGCGUAGGCUGUAGCUGCGUAAACGUCUACGCGGCACGG